AUGUCCAUGAAUGCACAGUCUGCACACAAUGCUGCAGCUAGAGCUGAUUUGGAGACAUUAUCGGUAUUGAUACAAGACGAAGAGACUUUGAAAUCUGUCUCGCCCUCCGGCUGGAAUCUUCUCCAUGUGGCUGCUCAACAUGACCAUGAACGGGCCUUCUCGGAGAAACUCCUCUUCAUGGUAAAAAAUCCUUGCAAGUUCGAUUCGAUUGUGUCUUACCUCAUAUCAGCUGGAAGUGACCGAGAGGCGAAAGAUCAUUUUGGCUACACUGCUCUUCAUGUAGCUGUUCGACAUGGUCUCUUGCCUAUUGUCCAACAUCUGCUCACUUACGACGUUCAAGUGGACUCGAAAACAUUUCUUGGAGAGAGUGCCGGGCAUCUCGCACUUUUGUAUGGGAAGCUUGAUGUCCUUGACAUUCUUUUACAACACGGGAUUAAUGUGGAGGCGAGAGACAACAACGGAGACAGCAUGCUGCACUACUCCAUUCGAUAUCCAGGAUCCCAUGUCUACAUUGUUAUGAACAAGCUCGCAUCACGAGGAGCACAUCUACAGGCAAGAAACAACAAGGGCUACAGCGCUCUUCAUGUUGCAGCGGAAGUCGGGAACCUAGAAGCUAUUCAAGCACUUAUUUCUUAUGGUUGUGACAUUGACAUCCGCGACAAUGAGGGCGGGUCCUGGCUCUUUCUAUUGCACAGGGAUCAUUACUCGAAGGUCGAGUCUCCCUGA